GAACUAAAUCGAAACCUUCUGUUUGUUUCAGAAACUGUUCGAGUAUAUUCAUGACCAGACGAAGGAAACACGAGAGCGUCCAAAUAAGACAUCUUUCCGAGAAUUACAGAUAUCGCUGUCACGAUCGUCGAUGUACUGUCAGCUGCGUACGUCAAUGUAAUGCACGUGCACGGCGUAUAAUCCCGCCGUCCAACCCCGGCGGAUUCAUUCGACAUUCGACGCUACUGCUCUAGCUCGCUCGGGAGCGAGUUAACCAGUCAGUCAGUCAGUCAGUCAGUCGGCAACACAAAGAGCGACCGCGAGAGCGCCAGUCAACAGUCGGACGCGGGUAGCGAGUAUCGCCGAAAUGGAGACGUGCGAUGACGGCAGCCGGUCGACGACAGCUACAGCCACAGCUGACAACGAACGGAGUGGAACGACCAUCGUCACGUGGAGCCGUUGCAAGGAGCUGCUGCUCGACUUUCACUUGAACGCCGAUCGAAUAUUUUACCGGAUCGGAUUUAGUAUAGCCACAAAGCCAUGGCUUUGGCUAAUCAUAUCCCUUUGUCUAAAUCUCGUUUGUGGCUUGGGAUUGUUACUUUGGAAGGAGGAGAUUGACGAACUUGAACUCUACGUACCGAUGGAUUCUAUAAUUCGCAAGGACGCUACCUGGGUAAAGGAGCACUUUCGGGACGAUCUCAGGCACGAAAGCAUCAUCAUCGUUGCCCCCAACGUGCUGGAGCCUGAAGUGCUGCGAUCGAUUCGAGACAUCGAGAAAGAUGUGAAAAGCAUAGUCGUAAAGAAUAACACUUGGGAAGAUGUGUGCGCUGGAUAUUUUACAUGGUUCCAAGAAGACGAUAAAUGGGAAACUAUGGAUAAAUCCGAGUUUCCCGAAGAAUAUCUACCUAUUAUAAAUAGUACAAUGACAAAAGAGCCUUGUAUCCAUAAAUCGCUCUUGAAGUUAUGGCAGAAGGAUGGUAAAAAGAAGAUUGAUAAUUUAACGAAGACAGAGAUACUGAAUGACGUUACCAUGACUUUACAAAAUAAGAAUACUAAAGACAUACUCUCCGAUAUCGCGCCAUUACUGGCGGGUGUCGAAUACGACGCAAACGGGAAGGUGAAGAGCGCGAAGGCGACAUUAAUGUACUGGUUGCUGAAGAAAAGUAAUCCGCACUCACCGGAAUGGGAGAUCGAGUUCAUCGAGAGGAUAUUACAUUGGAAUCGUACCCUACCGCCGGGCAUGGAGAUCUACGCGGUGACGCUGCGCAGCUAUCAGGACAUGCUGCACCAAGUGAUCAACAGCAACAUGACCGUGUUGUUCUGCGGCAUGUCGCUGAUCACGAUCUACGUGAUCGUGAUGAUUGGUCGGUGCAACGCGCUGCAACAACGGAUAUAUCUUUCUUUCAUGGGCAUCUCCGUAGUCGGUCAAGCUCUCCUUUCGUCCUACGGGGUGUGUUACUACAUGGGAUUUUUCUACGGACCGGUGCACCCGAUUCUGCCAUUCCUGUUGCUCGGCAUCGGCGUCGAUGACAUGUUCGUCAUCAUGCAGAGCCUCGAGACUAUAUCGGAGACGGAUAAAUCCUCAGACAUUUCCACCCGUAUCGCAAAGUGUAUUCAAAUAUCAGGUAUGUCCAUUACCGUGACAUCUUUGACCAACAUGGUGGCCUUCGCUAUCGGCAUGACGACGGUGAUGCCGUUCUUGAGGUCCUUCUGCAUGUUUGCCGCGAUGGGUAUAUUGUUUCUUUACAUCUACGAGAUCACAUUCUUCGUCAGCUGUCUAGUGUACGACGAGAGACGAUUGACAGUGAAAAGGGAUGGUUGUUGUUGCCAGCCGUGUCCCAAUUGGCGACCGAACGAAUGCAGUAAACGGAACUUUCAGCGGCUCAUCUUCGAGAAGUACGUCGGACCUUGCGUGAUGAAAACGUCCGUGAAAACGAUCAUCCUAUUAGUUACCGUUUCCUUGUUGUGCCUCAACAUAUGGGCGAUAUUUCAGUUGAGCCAGAACUUUGAUCCGCUCGCGUACCUGAAUCAGGAAUCUUAUCCCAUACAGUUUCACAAUAAAUUGAAGGAACAUUUUCCCAAGUACGGUAAACAUGUCAACAUAUAUCUGACGGGCGUGAACUAUUACGAGGAUCGUCAAGCGCUGUUUCAGCUGGUAGACAUUCUCAAACAAAAUCCGUACGUCAACAAUCGCACUCUCGAUCCAUGGUUUAUGGCGUACCAAGAAUGGUUGGAAACUACCGACAAAGUACAAUAUAUUGAAGAUAAAGAUGAAUAUUACAAUACUCUCACGGAAUAUCUCCUGUUUACGGUAAAGGGCCAAGCAUACAUCCAGGAUAUGAAAUUUAACAAAUUGCCAUUCAAUGACUAUAACAUCACAACAUCGCAGAUUCCAGUGCAACACAUCCCCAUAAGCACGACAUUCGAUCAAAUAAAGGCUAUGCAAUCAUUAAGAGAUGCCGUGAAAAGCGUGAACUUUACUCAGGGAUUUGAACACAUCGCGAUUUACUCGUUAGAUUACAUAACAUGGGCGUCGAACAGGAUCAUCGGUGAAGAAUUAAUUAGAAACUUGAGCCUGGAGAUAAUGGCGGUGGGAAUAGUAACAUUGGUGCUACUUAGAAACUUACUGACGUCGUUUUGGGUAAUGUGUUGCGUGUUAUUCACACUCAUCGACCUUUUGGGUUCGAUGUACUUCCUGGGAUUGACCGUUGAAAUCUCGUCGACUAUUAUGAUCCUGCUUUGUGCAGGAUUGGCAGUUGAUUAUGCCGCACAUAUCGGACUGGAAUUCAUACGCUCGAGCGGCAGCAAACAAGAACGAGCAUUGACAACGCUCAACGUUAUCGGACCGGCAGUGUUGAAUGGUGGCCUGAGCACAUUCUUCGCCUUCGUCUUGCUAGGUUUCAGCCAAGCUUACGUUUUCAUGACUUUCUUCAGGCUAUUCACAUCAGUAGUGCUGUUUGGUUUGUUUCACGGAUUGCUAUUUCUGCCAGUGAUAUUGAGUUUGGCGGGACCCGGCGAAAGAAGGCAAGCUAGCAUGAAAAAGAAUCAAGAUAUAUAUCAAAACGGUUAUUUUACCGUCCGUCUGUCCCAACACGAAAAAGAUAUAGAAGACUAAAUGAUAUUUAACAAUGCUUCAGAAGGCUGCAUAGGUAAAACAUUUUUUUAGAUUAUUUUAUAGUGCUAGAAUUCGUAUGGUUGUGGAACGAGUGCGCACAUGUUACGUUGUAAUAUAUGUAUGCAUAUAUAUAUAUAUAUAUA